UCAACUCCUUCCCACUCAGUUUGCAUCCCUCCUAAAGCCCGAGCUUCUUCUCUUUUCCAAGGGCUGUGCCUGGCUUUUGUGGAAAGCAACUUCAAUAUCUCAAAGGUGACCGAGAAUGUAGAUGGCAGCUUCGACUAUGGGAUCUUCCAGAUCAACAGCCAUUACUGGUGCAACGACUAUCAGAGUCACUCAGAGAACUUCUGCCACAUAGACUGUCAAGAACUGCUGAGUCCCAACCUCAUUACAUCUAUCCACUGUGCGAAAAAGAUUGUGUCUGGAUCAGGAGGGAUGAAGAACUGGUGA